GCACGUACGUCCGCACAUCCCUUUAUAACCCCCGGUCUAUCAGUUCCGUUUCACAGCGAGCAAGAGCACACGAAUCAGCCACGCUUGGCAGCGCACCCCGUCGUCUCUCGUGUCCGCGCGCGUGCCGGAUCGAUCAGAUGGAGGCGCCGGCCGCGUACUCUUCCGGCGGCGACAGGUACAGGUCUCACCUGGCUGGAGAGGGCGAGAAGGACACCGUCUGGCGCCACGGCGAGCCGCCCACGUACGACGCCGUGAACGCUCUCUUCGAGGCCGAGCGCACACAGGAGUGGCCGGCAGGAUCGCUGGAGGAGACGGUGCAAAAUGCGAUCAAGACGUGGGAGAUGGAGCUGUCGCACAAGACGCGGCUGUCGGACUUCAAGUCGGUGAGCCCGGGGAGGUUCAGCCUGUCCGUGAACGGCGGCCCCGCGCUGACGGGGGAGGAGACACUGGCCAUGGGCAGCUACAACGCGCUGCUGACGAGCCCGAUCCUCGCGAGCACCGGCGCGUACGACGCCGCCGCCGAGACGUUCAAGUCCUCGCACGACCUGUUCCGCUCCGCGUUCCCGCGCGGGUUCGCGUGGGAGGUGCUCAAUGUGUACUCCGGCCCGCCCCUGAUCGCCUUCAAGUUCCGGCACUGGGGACACAUGGAGGGGCCGUACAAGGGCCACGCCCCCACCGGCGACAAGGUCGAGUUCCACGGCGUCGCCAUCCUCAAGGUGGAUGAGCAGCUGCGGGCGGAGGGCGUGGAGGUGUUCUACGACCCGGGCGAGCUUUUGGGUGGCCUUCUCAAGGGCCCCAAGGUGGCGUCGUCCGAGGAGGAACGCGGCGAGGUGGCGCUCGCCGAGACGCUCAGCGAGGCAGCUACCGUGUCGGCAUCAGGUGCUGACGCGCCACCGCAAGCGUGUCCCUUUCGCAGCUCCGGAAAGCUGGAGUGAUCGACCGACCGAUUGGAAUGGCGAACAAUCGUGGCCAUGGGCACAUGGGCCAUUAAUUACUGUAACAGUGUUCCGCAAUCAGAAGAAAUUUGGGCGUGUUGGGAAUAAAAGAAAAGGGCUUGAAACUUGAAAGUGAAGUUGUUAAUGUGAUGGUAGUGCCAAAAAAAUAUUUAAAAAGUCUUGUAAUGGUAUUACUACGGUAGCAUCGAGUGCUUGUUCUGUAAUUUGGUUGGAAGGUGUGGUCUUGGCUUAAUUAAAUAUCAAUAUCAACUUUGUGGGAAAUAUCAUCCAAAGGAA